AUGGUGUUGAAGUCUUCAGAAGAUAGUUCGCACCGAGGAAGAGUACCUUCAAGAGAAAUACAAAUGUUAGUUGCGAUUCGAACCGAAGAGAAAUAUAAAGAAACGCAACUGCGAUACUCAUUAAGUGCUGAGUACUUCAUGGGGACCGUAAGAGGUGCCAGGGGGUUCCCCUCCAUCAUGUCCCAUCGUCCUGCGGCCCAGCACCAUGAGCUCUUCCACUCUUUGAUGGAGCUCGACAGAUCGAGCAGGAAUGAAGUAUGGGAACCCCAUGAAGUAAGCAGGAGAAGUGAUAUUUGGCGGAAUAUUCAGCGAAUAGAGUCAGUUUUUGAAAUGGAUCAUCUGAAUCUUCUGAAAUCUGAUACGUAUAGGGAAUUAGAGCCAGUUAGGUCGGACGAUAAACUCUUAGAUAAGAUUGUAAAACAGCUGAAGAAGGAAACAGAUAUAGAGAAAUCAUACAAGGAUUUUCUACUGUCUCUUUUAACAAAGGAGGAAAGUUUUAUUCCAUGUAAGAGAAAAAGAGAAAAAUAUGAAUGCAAUCAUGAGGUGAAUGACCCGCAAUAUGAACUUUUCUUGCAGAAUCUAGAGAUAUACAAAAAGACUUAUGUAUUGAAGCAUAAGAAAAACAAUUCAUGCCUUUUCAUUAAAUAUGGAGGAGAUAGCGAUUUGUAUGAGAAUGAUAGCAUAGGGGUUAGCCUGGAAAAAGGGAGCAUCAUCAAUUUAGAAACGCACUCUGAAAUGCACUCUGACUUCAGAAAAGAACUCAUGUGUAUUCUUAGAAAACCAUUUGAUAGAGACGAGUACAACAAGCUUCGGAAUGAUGUUGAAAUCCAUAAGGCAGCAGUUCGCCAUAGGGAGCUGCGUAAUGGGAGGGACAAAGAAUGCUUCACAAAUAAACCUGGAAAAUCUUAUCUUGAUCUCUAUCCUGAUUUGGAAAAAAAGCUAUUAAGGUUCCGAGAUGAUCACCCAAAAUGCUUGAACCUCUUACGUGGGUUCUUCUUUUGGCUUCAAUGUCUAACAAGGGACGGAGCAUUCAAACCGUGGAAUGAUCCAGAAUUCCUCGCAGUGGAGCAAAUGCAUCCUCAAUUUGGAAGGGGAGGAUUUAGUGGAUCUUGCGUGUAUAAUUCUCUUGCUGGUGACGGUUACCAUGAUGAGAUAAAUCCUCUUAAUUCAGACAGUGAUUCUGAUUGUCAUUUCUGCAACAUUGAGUUAUUGCCUUUCGGUUUCGGUUGUGUAUUUCUGAUUUUAUUGAGCUGUAAUAUUAUGUUGUCUGAUGAGUACAGAAAUGAUCAGAUCCGUCAGAAAUAA